AUGAGCGCCUUCUCAGUACCGCAGAAGCGUCGCGCUUCCAGAGCGCCUUCUUCACAGUCCUCCUCAUCGAACACUCUAAUCGAGAUUUCCGACGAUGAUGAGCAACCUCGACCUCAGAAGCGGAAGAAGUCUGCUGCACCUCUGCACAGCACGAAUAGCAGUACCAAUGGCUUUGUCCAGCGCAAUGCCCAGCCGGCAAAAGCCGGUGCUAGCGUGGCACAACUAUUCUCCAGUCCUCCUCAUGCUAAGCAGUUUCCAUCACGUGAUAUCAAACCAGUAUCAUGGCAACCAGACCCACAAGGCAAAGUCAUCAGCGAGGAUGAGAAGGAGAGGGAAAGACUGCGUCAACUUCGAAAGUUCAUACCGAGUAUCAACAAAACCCUGUCGUCGCAGCCUACCAUACGCAAGACGACCCCGGCACACAUCUACCGACCCAAGACUAUGAUAGACGAAAAGCGCCAAGAGAGUAUAGAGAUUCCCUCUGACAGUGACGAGGAAGGACAUGACUCAUCGAACAUCCAGCAUGCCGGUCCGCCCACAAUCAAGCCACAACCAUCUCGAACGCAAGCCUAUUGGAACCGGUCAAGAAUGGAACAAUCUCAGCAAGCUACACCUCCAGCUUCGUUUCCGAACGGCGCCUCCAAGAAGAGUCUAGACAAUGCAAUCGACGUCCGCCCAACUCCUCAAGCCACACCAGUCUCAACACCCCGACCUUCGCAGAACUUCCAAUUGAGCGUGCCUAUCAGACCGAGUCCAUCACCUGUAAAAGCCCCAUAUCCAGUACCUGGUGAAGCCCAACAUCAUGGACCUACAAAAAGCCAACAUCAAGCAUCUGCAAAAGCUCGGCGUCCGACCACUCCUCUGCUGCAAUCAAAUCUUCAACUGGUCGUACCGCGCUCGCAGACCAAGGAAGACUACGAGGCGAAGAGGAUUGAGGUUUUCGAGAAGCUCAAGGCCGAUUCAUCGUUCGCUGUAAACAACCAGGACGUCGUCAAGAAGUACUUCGGCUCGAAUGGUUUCUCAGAAGCCUUCGCUGUGGAAGACCUCUCGCGCAAGUUUGAAGCAACAAACAUCUACCAACGUCCGAUGCCAGAUCCCAUUCCUCUACCUUUUCCAGAGUACAAGCCACCAAAGCCUCGGUACGACAAGCGCGGCAAGCUCAAACGCGUGCCUUCACUCACUUCCGAAGAGAUGAUCAAGGUUCUUGACGCCGAGCGUUUCGAGGAGUUCAGUGCUCACCCAGCUCUGACCUUCAAGAACGACAUCAACGAUCGCUACAUUAAUGGCCGUUUCCAGUUCACUGAUCGGUACAUCAUUCGCCCAGGAGUCAAGCAAUCACGCCUGAACAAUACCGGCUGUGGUUGUGUUGAUGAAUGCCGCCCAUCUACCUGCGAUUGCCUGGUCAAGUCCUUCGAGGGCGAAUCCCAUCGAGUCAAUACCUACAUCGUGCAUCCUGAAGAUCCCGACCUUAUUGUCCUGGACCCCGACUACAUGGCCAAUGAGCUCAAUGCGGAAGCUCAGCACCACGAAAUCAUCGAAUGCAACGAGUUCUGUGGCUGUGGCCCUUCGUGCUGGAAUCGCACAGUCUCACGCGGCCGUACAGUCCCACUCGAGAUCUUCAUGACCGAGAAAUGCGGUUUUGGCGUACGGAGCAGUGAAGACAUCCGCAAGGGACAAUUUAUCGAUCUCUACCUUGGCGAGCUGAUUACGCAGCGAGAACUCGAGCUCCGUGAGUCCAUCAAGCAGCCGGGACAGCCCUCGUACAUCUACAGUCUCGACUGGUUCUCCUCCACUAACUGUUACCACGUUGACGGCGAGGAGUUUGGCAGCGCUAUGCGCUUCGUCAAUCAUAGCUGCAAUCCGAACGCCCGCAACUUCACUGUGCAAACGCAUCGGGCAGAGAAACCUAAAGUCUACAGUCUUGCUUUCUUCGCUAUUUGCGAUAUUCCUGCUGGCGAGCAGAUCACGAUCGACUACAGUCCGCAGGAAGCCCUUGCUAUGCCACCUGUCGUUGCAGAGCAGAUCAAGCGUUCCUCAAGUGACGUUGGCCACGACAAGGACAUGUACGGCGCACCCGGCUCAGAGAGCGGCAAGGAAAACGUCAAGGAGGAGCCUGUUGUUCCCGAAUCACCGCCCGACGGCAAUGUCAAUGCCAUCACCGCUGAUGACUGGUCAGACUCUGAUGAGGGCGACGAGCCGGUACUGCCUAAGCAGGAAGAAGCUGCUGAUGGUCGAUCCCGCUGCUAUUGCGGCGCACCUAAUUGUCGCGGCUAUCUCUGGCCAGAGGCUGCUGGAAGGCGAAGAAAGAAGAAGAGCACGAGAGGUGACUAUUACUGA